AUGAUUUUGAAGAACAUGAAGAGACGGUUGAAAAUAUUAAUUUGUGAUAAUAAAAAUAACUCUAAGAAGAAGGACAUUGUAGACGACCUCACCGGAAAUGUUCACGACCCCCGACCUCCGCAGCUCCUCGCCGGCAAAAAAAUCGACCGUGCCUCUGUUUGCUCAGCUCCUCGCCUGCAAAAAAUCGAUCCCACAGCUCCUAUUCGGCCUCUGAAAUCAGUGUUGCCUUUGAAGAAAGAUGAAGAACUUGUAUGGAGUGUACUGAAAGAAAAUGGAGGUGACAAUGAAGACAUAAAUGUUUGCAAGGGAAUGGGAGAGGCGUAUGCAGGAACAAGAGGCCAACCAGUGAAUUUCCCCAUCCUUUAUCUCGUGGAAAGCAAUCAACAGGAUAUAGAGUGCGGGUCUGAGUCUAAUAUCCCUCAUGGAUAUAUUUGGAGCCCACACCUUGUCCCUAAACCAAAAGAUUGGGGACCAAAGUUUGAUGUGGUUAGGUUUUGCUUUCUUGAUCUUGCAACAAAUUAUGAGCCGCCAGAGUCACUUUUGAACUGGCUGAAAGCUAUUCCAAAGCCUAUUUAUAUCGGAUUUGGCAGCCUUGGUGGUGUCCAGAAAGUUCAUUUAUUGGACGACACUAUAGGCGGAAUCUUGCUUAAGGAAUUGUUUCAGAGCGAUGGAAUUGGUACAAUGGUGGCUAGUGAUCUUUAUGAAGGAAUACGCACGGCCACUAUAUCAGAUCUCCAUGGAAUCCAGCAACUUUUUCUACCAUUAGAGGAAUUCGGCACUUUAAUAAAGAGGACUGAUGAAGAGCUACUUAAAGCAUUGGGUUCUUUCAUAGUUGCCAAAAGAGAAGGUCAGGACAGGGAGACAAAUUACUUGAAGGCAUCUUCGCUUGGACUGCAUAAGCUUUUCUUACUGACGACACGAACGGCGGACUGGUUUGUUAGGCGUGGCUUCUCAGAAUGUUCGAUUGAGUAUUUACCAGAAGAGAGGAGAAAAAAGAUCAACAUAUCCCGUAGAUCCAAGUAUUACAUUAAGAGACUUUUACCUGAUACAAGCGGGAUUCGACUGAACACGGCUCCUGUGUACUAA